GGUGGCUGGAGCGCGCCCCGCCCCCGCCAGGCGGCCAGGGAAGCCAGGGACGCCCGAUCCGGACGGCUGCGCUGCAGGCUGCAAGGGGCGGUGGGCGGGCGCCGCUUGGUGACGGCAGGGCGAGGAGUCCGGCAGCCGCAAACGGGUACCGUGGCCGCCAAGAAAAUGCUCCUCUACCGAGGGGGUCCCGGGGUCCCUGGCACGCCGGGCAGCAGGCUGACGCGCCUGGGCAGCGGCCCGCAGGCCUUGGGGAUCCGCCCGAGCGCGAUGAGCCCCAGAUACCUCCAGAGCAACUCCAGCAGCCACACGCGCCCCUUCAGUGCCAUCGCGGAGCUGCUAGAUAAUGCUGUAGAUCCAGAUGUAUCAGCCAGGACGGUCUCUAUAGAUGUUGAAGAGAUCAAAAAUAAAUCCUGUUUGACUUUUACUGAUGAUGGAAGUGGGAUGACACCUCACAAACUCCACCGAAUGCUCAGCUUUGGCUUUACAGAUAAAGCAAUAAAGAAGAGCCAAUGUCCCAUUGGGGUCUUUGGUAAUGGUUUCAAGUCGGGCUCCAUGCGGCUAGGAAAGGAUGCUCUUGUCUUCACCAAGAAUGGGGGUACUCUUACUGUUGGACUCCUAUCACAGACCUACCUGGAAUGUGUCCAGGCCCAGGCAGUUAUUGUACCAAUUGUUCCAUUCAACCAGCAAAACAAAAAAAUGAUUAUUACAGAAGAUUCCUUGCCCAGUCUAGAAGCCAUCUUGAACUAUUCAAUUUUCAACAGUGAAAAUGACCUGCUGUCCCAGUUUGAUGCCAUCCCAGGCAAAAAAGGCACUCGGGUUCUCAUUUGGAACAUCCGACGAAACAAAGAUGGAAAGUCUGAGUUAGACUUUGAUACAGAUCAGUAUGACAUCCUGGUAUCAGACAUUGAUGCAGAAGAAAAAGAGACUGGUGGUGUUACCUCUGAGCUGCCAGAAACAGAAUAUUCCUUGCGGGCAUUUUGUAGUAUUCUAUAUAUGAAGCCACGGAUGAAAAUUUUUCUGCGUCAAAAGAAGGUGACUACCCAGAUGAUUGCUAAGAGCCUGUCCAAUGUAGGAUAUGAUAUAUAUAAGCCUACCUUCACUAAUAAGCAAGUGAGAAUCACUUUUGGAUUCUCUUCCAAGAAAGGUAAUCACUUUGGAAUAAUGAUGUAUCAUAACAACCGGCUCAUAAAGUCCUUUGAGAAGGUGGGAUGCCAGGAAAAGCCAACUCAUGGAGAAGGCAUGGGAGUAAUUGGAGUCAUUGAGUGCAAUUUCCUAAAGCCUGCAUAUAACAAACAAGACUUUGAGUACACCAAAGAGUACCGAUUGACAAUAAAUACCCUUGCUCAGAAGCUCAAUGCUUAUUGGAAGGAAAAGACAUCUCAAGAGAAUUUUGAAACUUCAUCCGUAACCAGGAAGAUUCCUGAUCAGACAUGGGUCCAGUGUGAUGAGUGUCUAAAAUGGAGAAAACUUCCUGGCAAAGUGGACCCAUCUACCUUACCUGCAAGAUGGUUUUGUUACUACAAUUCCCAUCCAAAAUACAGGAGAUGCUCUGUUCCAGAGGAACAAGAAUUUGUUGAUGAAGAUCUAUACCUGAGCAAAGCUAAGAAACAAGAUCAAACUGUUGAGAAGAAGAUGUCUAUGGAAAAUGAGACCUACCAGAUACUCAGUAAACUACCAAAGAUUCCUACUGUUCAAGAGAUGGCUGGAGUAAAUGACAAGCCCAUUAGAUAUGAGGGAAUGAAUAGCCCCAGCCUGCUUCCGUGUGUUGCAGAAGAAAGCCAAUCACCUCUUCAACUUCAGUCUCUGGAUUCCAGUGUUUUUCAGUUUUCAAGUAAGUACAAAUGGAUACUUGGUGAAGAACCUGUGGAAAAACGAAGACGGCUCCAGAAUGAGAUGACUGCAUCGCCUAUAGAUUAUUCCAUGCAUGGCUCUUUGAGGAAGGUAGAGGCAGUUGUUCCCUAUCCAGAAGGGGAGAAGAGUCAUGAAAAAUCUAGUUCUGAGAGAAGUACACCACCAUAUCUUUUCCCAGAAUACCCAGAAGCAAGCAAGAAUACAGAACAGAAUAAGGAAGUUUCAGUUCUAUAUCCAGGGGCCCAAGACCAAUACCAGGAGUCCCUGCUUCCUGAAGAAUUAGAAGAUCAGAUGCCAAGACUGGUAGCAGAAGAAUCUAACAGAAGUAGCACAUGCAUAAACAAAGAAGAUGUACACAAGGGACCAUUUGUAGCUGUUGUUGGUGUUGCGAAAGGUAUGAGAGAUUCAGGAGCUCCCAUUCAGCUUAUCCCUUUUAACAGAGAGGAGCUUGCUGAUAGAAGAAAAGCAAUUGAAUCCUGGAACCCAGUGCCUUAUUCUUCUAUGGCCGCUACUACAAUUUCUGCUAUAGCCAUUGGAGAGAAACAAAGAGGUUGCAAGGAAGCCACAGGUCAUAAUACACCAAAGAUGAAUAACCAAAGUGAGCUGGAAGAAUUGAAGAGAACAACAGAAAAAUUGGAGCGUGUUUUGGCUGAAAGGAAUUUGUUCCAGCAAAAGGUGGAGGAACUAGAACAAGAGAAGAAUCACUGGCAUUCUGAAUUCAAGAAGGUUCAACAUGAAUUGGUAACCUACAGUACCCAAGAGACAGAGGGCUUGUACUGGAGCAAGAAACACAUGGGUUAUCGCCAAGCUGAAUUCCAGAUUCUGAAAGCUGAGCUAGAACGAACCAAAGAGGAAAAGCAAGAAUUAAAAGAGAAAUUGAAGGAGACACAGACACUCCUGGAAGUGCUGCAGAAGGCUCAGGUCUCCUACCGGACCCCAGAGGGAGAUGACCUAGAAAGGGCUUUGGCAAAGCUUACACGGCUGCGUAUCCACAUCAGCUAUCUCCUUACUUCUGUCCUCCCUCACUUGGAGCUUCGUGAGAUCGGGUAUGACUCAGAACAAGUGGAUGGGAUCCUGCACACAGUGCUGGAGGCAAAUCACAUACUGGAUUAAGCAUACUAUAUAAAUUCUUCUCUUUCACUUCUCUUCUCAGCCUAUCUACUGUUUUCUACUCUCUUUUCCCUCCCUUCUCCCUCUCUAAUCCUCUCUAGUUCUUUUCCUUCCUCUCCCCUUUAUUCCUUAUAUUGAGAAUCUGAGUAAAUCCUGGCUCUUAGUCAGUCUACUUCUUACUAAGUUUUAGUAUGGAGAAAGGAGUCAUUUAAAUAGACUUUCAAGAGUCCAGGAGCAAAAAACCAACAGUCACCAAGCUAGGGGACCUAGAAGGUUUAAUUUUCAUGGCCUAGAUAUCUUCCCUAUUUCAUAUCCUUUCUGAGGUGAUUCAUAUCCAUUUAGAUUUAAUCAGUCAGCAAAUAUUGGGUCUAGUGUACCUGGUAUUUAGGAACAGGCUAAGAAAUUUAAUUCAUGGUUCUAGCUUGUUCCCGUUUCAAUAGUCUGGUUGGAAACACAGGACAACCAAAUUAACUGCACAAAAGUGAGUGGUACAAACAUGACAUAGUGAAUCUGGAGGAGGAAGUCUGAGGAAGGUACCACAUCAGAAAUGGUACCU